CGCCUCACUGAGGACGUAGACUAGUGAAAGGGGAGGGUCCUCGGAAAACUCUAUCAUGUCGGGAGCCCCGGAAGUGGGUGAAGCCGCUCACCUGAGUCUCCCAACACCAGCACCUUCACCCGAUCCAGGGACGCCAUCUCGCCACCGCCGGCCCGGGGUUAACGCCUGUUCCGGAAUUGUUCGCCAAAUGAGCGCUGGGGAUGGGGACAGAACCUUCCAUUUCAUUGGCCAAUCGGAAAGUGACCGUCUUGAUUGAAGACUGAUUGGCCGGCCCGUUUAAAUGUGGCGAGUGGGCCGCAAACGAGUCGCAGGCCUACGACGUCGGCUUGGUCGCAGGAGUGGCGUGCGUGGCUCAUUGGAGCCGGUAGUUGAGGCGCUCAGAGACGCUGUAGUGGGAGUGUUCGAGGAUUCGCUUUGUAAAAGUUGAAAUUUGCUGCAAAAAGAUGGCUGACCCAGAUGUCCUCACUGAGGUUCCAGCAGCAUUGAAGAGGUUAGCCAAGUAUGUGAUCCGGGGGUUUUAUGGCAUUGAGCACGCCUUGGCUUUGGACAUCUUGAUCCGGAACCCCUGUGUGAAAGAAGAGGAUAUGCUGGAGCUUCUGAAAUUUGAUCGGAAGCAACUUAGAUCAGUUUUAAAUAAUUUAAAGGGAGACAAGUUCAUCAAAUGCAGAAUGAGGGUAGAGACUGCUGCAGAUGGAAAAACCACUCGUCAUAACUACUACUUUAUUAAUUAUCGUACUCUUGUUAAUGUGGUAAAAUAUAAACUGGACCACAUGAGGAGGAGAAUUGAAACUGAUGAGAGAGAUUCCACCAAUCGGGCUUCCUUCAAAUGUCCUUGUUGUAGUAAUACUUUUACAGACUUGGAAGCUAAUCAGCUCUUUGAUCCCAUGACAGGAACUUUCCACUGUACUUUUUGCCAUACAGAGGUAGAAGAAGAUGAAUCAGCAAUGCCUAAAAAAGAUGCACGCACACUUUUGGCAAGGUUUAAUGAACAAAUUGAGCCCAUAUAUAAAUUGCUUCGGGAAACAGAAGAUGUCAACUUGGCCUAUGAAAUACUUGAGCCAGAACCCACAGAAAUACCAGCCUUGAAACAGAGCAAGGAUCACACAGCAACUACUGCCGGAGCUGCUGGCCUGGCGAGUGGGCACCACCGGGAAGCGUGGACCACCACCAAAGGUCCCUCCUAUGAGGACUUAUAUACUCAGAAUGUUGUCAUUAACAUGGAUGACCAAGAAGAUCAUCGAACCUCACUGGAGGGGAAAUCUGCCAAAGAGCGACCCAUUUGGUUGAGAGAGAGCACUGUCCAAGGGGCAUAUGGAUCUGAAGAGAUGAAGGAAGGUGGCCUAGAUAUAGAUUCAUUUCAGGAGCGUGAGGAAGGCCGUGCAGGGCCGGAUGAUAAUGAGGAGGUCAUGCGAGCACUGCUUAUUCAUGAGAAGAAGACCCCCUCUGCCACAGCAGGCUCAGUGGGGGCGGCAGCUCCUGUGACUGCUGCUAAUGGCAGUGACUCGGAAAGUGAGACCAGUGAGUCAGAUGAUGACACACCACCCCGACCAGCAGCUGUGGCUGUGCACCAUCGGGAAGAAGAUGAGGAGGAUGAUGAAUUUGAAGAAGUAGCAGAUGACCCUAUUGUCAUGGUGGCUGGCCGUUCCUUCUCCUACAGUGAAGUGAGCCAGCGGCCAGAGCUGGUGGCCCAGAUGACACCAGAGGAAAAGGAAGCAUACAUAGCAAUGGGACAACGCGUGUUUCAGGACCUCUUUGAGUGAGCUAUCCCUGAUUUUUCCUUCUUUCUCUAAUACUCAUUUCAAAAAGAAAUUCCCUACCUUUGAAGAGAAAUGUUUAAGUGGCUUUCUGCCCUUCUUGAUGUAAAGUGACUAUUAAUUUGCGCAAAGAAUAAUGGGAGAGAAAGUUUCAUUUUUAUACCAGAAACUUCCCAGCAAGGUAGGUUGCUAUAAUCACUCUUUCUCUACUAGUAUUAUAGUACUUUUUUUACUAUAUUUCCCUACCUAAUCUUUUUCCUUUAUCUUCUUUUUAAAAUGUCUGCAUGCAAAAGCCCACCUUGAUGGGUUGCAGUAAUUCUGAGCAAGCAUUCUGAACAUUGUUUUCAACCGAAGCAGCUUGCCAAUAGACAAAUUGAGCGGGGGGAGGGCAGAAAUUUGAAAACUUCAUACUGCCUCACAUUUGAAAGUGGAAUCAAUAAGGAAGGAGAAGUGGGAGUGUUUGUGUUUAAUGCCUUUUUGAUUUGGAUUUUGGAUGCUAAAAAAACAGAAAAUUGUUUGAUAAAUCUGUAUGAAGAAAUUAGAAAAGUAGACAUAAGACAAGGAGUCCAUGUAAAAGUUGAGGAGUGGAGAACAUUAGGAACAAUGCCUUUUGAGUUUGUGCUGAUUUGGAAAUUGAGACUCGUCCCCCAUUUUCCUUUUUUACAGACCUCUUGUCAUUGCCAUAAAUUAUUUAAUGAGGCCAUUUCAGCAGAAAAGAGCAUAUAACAACAUUUGGUUGCUCCGUUCUUCCUGCCACCCUCAAAACUAUUAAAGGCCUAUUUUGUUUCUCGAUUCCUAUCUUUUAGACUCCAUCCAGGGUUUGUUGAGCAUUGCAACCUCAAGGAACAUUACUUUUGAUUUUGAUAUGUAGCGUAGUCUAUUCCUUAAAGCAGAACUUUAAAAAUAAAGAAUUUCCAUACAAGAAACUAUCUAUAACAAUGUGUUUUUGUAAUAUUUUCCCUUGUAAUGUAAUUUUUUAAGUAUUUAUCAUUUUGUAUGUGAGUGAAGAUAGAUUUUAGAGUACCUCUGCCUUGUAUGAAAUAAUGUUCAGUGAGUUUGUAUUAAUGACUGAAUAUUGACAAUAAACUUAUUUUUUCCAUCUGAAAGUAAAUAUAUAUAUAUAUAUAUAUAUGUAUAUUUUAGAAAUACUUCUUACCCAUACACCUGUACAGUUUCAGGUGUAUAGCAUUAUAAUUUGACAUCUGCAUAUACUUUAUUAUAAUCACCACCAAAAAUCUACUUUCCAUCCACCAUGAAAAUCUAUAUUAUGCUGACUGGAACUUGUUAAUUUCUAGCUCUGUGAUAUCUUGGAGCAUAAGUAGAAUGAAUACUCUUCCCAUUAAAAAAAUGUCUCAGACUUUUUUAUUAGUCAUGUUUCAAGUAAUAGAUACCAUUGUGUGUGGUCUAAACUUUUUUAUGACAAUACAUAGUUUUAAGAAUGACUUUUAUGUAUGUACCUUGUACAUAAGGGGCUAGUCAACUUUUAAACAGUUUGUUAGACUUCCAUAGUUGUAGAAGUUCAUUUAAAAAAUAAAAUAUUAAUCAGAUGUUAAGUUUUAAAAACAUGAUUGUAGGCGAGCUGUUAGCUCUUUAUUCCGAUGAGUAAAUAUUUCUCAGUUUUUUCUUGAAUCUAAUUUGCAUGUUUUAUUUUCUAAAACAACUAUUCUAUUGCUUGCCAUUAUCUACCAGUUUCUUAGUCAUAUAGCCUAGUUGUGUAUUUCUUUUGUCACCCUCUUGUAGUCUUGCAGCAAUACUGAAACAGAUUUCUCUCUCCAGUCUUAAGUGUCCAUCCUACCACCUCAAUCUUUAACUGUUCUUCAGUAUGUGUUUCUCUUUGAAACAUUUUUCAUCUAGAGAAACAACUCUGAAUUCAUAUUCAAAAUUAAUCUAAAAAUAUGAUUUAAUAUGUAGAAUUUUGGAUAUUACUCCUUUAUCUCAAUAACUUACCUAAUGAUGUGAUAGUUUGAAAUGUCAUGAUCUGGUGGUUUCUCUCUUUUGAGUGGGAUAAUUAUCUGAUGAGAGAAAGACCAGUCAGUGACAGAAUAACCCAAAAUGAGGUUCCUGCCAGUUAGCCAGCAUCUAGUAAGAGCAGGCUCACACACAAGAUCUCUUGAUAUAUGUAGUCACAGUAUCUGUUGACCUCACCACAGCAAGAGUUGUCACACCUUCUGUAAUAAGGGAUGGCCAGGAACUCAUUUUCUCUGAGUGAAGGUUGACUCUUGUAGUAUAACUCAAUUAUCAGCUGCCCAGAUGUCCUGACCUUUCCACUGUCCUUUAAAAUUUAAAUUGAACUUUUUUUAUACUAAUGUCAUGCAAUACUUAUUAUUUCUUUUGAGGGGACAACGGGGUUGGUGGUUUAUGUUCUCCUGUUUUGUCUCCCUACUUCCUGGUUUCUCUACCUCUACUCCCCACUACCCACUUCCACAGAACCAUCAACGUAAGUCUGUAGCAGAGCUUCACUGAGGUUUUAGGGUAAUGGGGAGUGGGGGACAGGCAACAAGAGGGACUAGUGUCAACACUGUAGUCAUGGAAUAGAAGAGUCGAUGGUGUGCACCCUUGUUUUUGUUUGUUUUCUUUUUAGUUAUAUCCAAAAAAGUUAGGUUUAUUAGAAGAAAGGAAGGGAGAAUAAGAUGUUUGCACAGAUACAAGCAGGCAGAAAGAGCUGUUGCACCCUUGUUCUUGCAGAUUCUGCCACUCUUCCAGUUAGAAUCCUUCCUCCAAAUCUUUCUAAAGCUUCAACUUCCGUUUUCCUUCUCUUCCUCACCCCUUUCCUUCCAAAGUCCUUGGAAAGUUGUAUUAGAAAAAAAUACUUGGUUCUUUAUUUUAUUCCUAUUGCAAAUAGUGCCUUGAAUACUCAUAUUAUAUCCAAAGAGAUCUAUCAAGAUGUUUUCCUAACCAAGGAACCAUCUGUCACCUCUAGGAGGAUUAACAAGAAACUUUUUUCUCUUCCCACUACAUUUAAAAACAUUACCCAUUUUACUUUGCCAGAAGAUGAUGAAUAAACCACCCUGGCCCUAAGUUGGUGACCCAUAACCUUGUAUCUGGUAAGAAAUUGUUUUAUUUGUAUCUGCUCUUAAAGUUGAAGCCUUAUUCUUCAAGGCCCCCUUUUACCAAAACACCAUAAGAUAUAGUAAAUUGAAAUGAUUAAAAGAAAAUAACCAAUUUGGUUUAGCCUGAAAUUUCAGGAGAAGACAAGGUUCUAGUCUCAGCUUUAGCCAACUCUACACUUGUACUAUAACACUAUUAAUCUGAUAUAAUCUCUCUGGGUCCAUUUCUCAGCUGUCCAUAAUCAGACUUUUGCUGGUAGCACCAAUGAUUCCUUUCUGCUCUAAUAUUUUACAGAGGUAUAUGGUAGAUAAUAGAUUUUAAAAUGAGGUCAAACUAAAAAAAAAAAACCACAAAAAUCAGAAUCUUCUGAUAUGCUACAGCCAAUGAAAUCCUGUGAAGAAUAUUUUAAUUGAAUGAGUAGUGUAGGUGCCUUGUUUAGGAUUUAGAAUGUAGUAAAACAAAGUAUAGCAAUGACUGAUUGUGUUUUAUAAGGUACUUCAUUUCUAAUAAUGUUGAGGAAGAAAUAAUUGAAUUUUUCAUAACUCUUUUGGUAUUGUUUUGAGAGAGUUGGACACUGAAUAAGAACAAGAUUGGGAAGAACAGUUCAUUUUCUUUUCUACCAGUUGGCUCUAUGGCUUGAUUCCCAGCCAGGACCACAAUAGAAAGACUUACAUAUGUACUUUUUGGUGCUCUUUAUUCUGGACUUUAAAUAAAGUAACUAAGAAAUGUCAAUCAAAACAAGUAUGACAAUUUUUAGAAUUUAGAAAUUGGUGUAAUUCCACCUUAUAUUUGUUCCCAACAAAGUUAUUUCACAUAUGUUGUUUCUAGCAGAGGUGGGCUACUAUCCUUGGUUUUUAAAUAUAUAUAUUAAAAAAAUCUCUUGGGAAGUGAAGAUUUUUCAGAAGAAACUGGCACUAUGGUAAAUUUACUAUCCUGUUGACUUUAUGUUAUAAAAGAAGGAAAAUAAACUGAACAAGGCAAGUAUAGGUAAACAAGUGAAGCCAAGUGCAUUGGGAAGUGAAAAAAAUUGUGAAAUUUCCACCUCUUCCUUUGCAGAACUAAAAGAAUGAACUAAUUCUAGUGUGCCCUGAAGGGAAGGAAUGUAUACCUUAGCUUCUCUUUAAAAACAACUUCAAAUCCUUCUGAGUUCUAGUGGCUAACUUUCCUGUUUUCAUUUGUGAGGCGUGCAGUCCUAGUACACGACCCAGUUUCAAAAGUCAAUGCACGUUUCCCAUGACACACUUACCUAGUAUAAAUAAGUCUGAGAAAUGAGUCUGGUAGAAGUCUGGUCCCAGGUCCUAAAGUGCAUUGAAUUAUUUUAAGGCAGACAUGGUGGUUGUGCAGUUUUUGUUAUUGUUGCUGUGUCUAGGCUUUGGUUAUUUAAAAAUCCAUCCAAUAGAAAAAAAUAGAUAACAAGAAAACUCUCCACCCAGUCCACCACAUCUCACUACCCCAAAGUAAACAUUAUCAAUAGACUUUUUAUAGACCGUUAGUCUUUUUAUAGACUUUUUAUAGACCUUUAGAAGCAGCAUACCUACAGAUAUAUACUGCAUUGCUUUUUAAGUUAAUGUAAUCAUACACACAUUGCUACUUGAGUUUUAAGUAUCUUGGAGGUCUUUCAUUAUCAGUAAAUUUAGAUCUGCUUCAUUUUUAGAAAUAAAGACUAGUUAGAAUUUUAUAACAUAAUUUUAUGAUCGUUUAUGUAAUAAGUUUCCAGUUUUCACUAUUAAAGUGCUGUAAUGAACUACCUUCACAUUUUAUUUUCUUGAGUAUUUCUAUUUCUGUAGGAUAGAUCAUGAAAGAGUAAUAGCUAACCAAAAUGCAUAUCUGUGUUAAACUUUGACAGAUAUUACUGUUCAAAAAGAUCCCUGAAUUUUAAAUAGGGGGACAAUUUGUAGUGUAGAUGCUGGAGAUUAUUAAAGCCAUUUCAGUACACUUAUGAGUAAUUCGAUCUGAAGACCCAUUUUAAAUCAGUGGAAGAUGGAAAGGAGAGGACAGAUUUGAGAAGCUUUAGGGAGGUAGAAUUAAUGGAUUUGGUGACUGGAUAGGACAAUACCUUGCAGAAGUGUGGGUUUCUGAUAGGAGAAUGAUUCUAUUUAUCACAAUUGGAAAUAGAAGAGGAAGGUUUUGCUCUUAUUUCAGCUCUCCAACUCAGUAAAUGGCACCACCAUUUCACCUACAAGUCUAUAGUUGGUCAUCUUUUCUUUUUUUCAUUGAACAUCUCAUUCAUCAAGUUCUGUCAGACUUAAAAUAUACUCUAAUUUGUAAAAUCUAAUUUUGAAGAUAGAGAUGACAGAAUUUGCUGAUAAAUGGAAAAUGUAUUCUAAAUCUGACCCCAUUACUUCCACCACUACCAACCUAAUCCAAACCACAUCAACUCUCACCUUGGCUGGGGCAGCAGCCUCCUUACUGGUUUUCUACAUCUACUCUUAACCAUCUCAUACACCCCCACCCAUACAGGAUUUUGACCAUUCCCCACAAAUACAGUAUUUUUAAAAAUGUAAAUCAGGUGAUGUCACACACAUACACCACUCCCUUAUUCUUUGUUCCUUAGAAUAAUAUCUAAACUCCGUACACCUUUUUGUAGACCCUAAGUGAUCUGGUCCCUAAGUACUUUUAUGACCACAUUUACUAUUGUCCUUGUUAACUGCUCCUAACUACUCUAACUACUUUGCCAUUCUCUCUGUGUGGCAAGUAAGUGGUUUUUCUUACCUUAGGUUUUUGCUGAAACUGUAUUCUCUGGUAAAAGACUCUCCCCACUCUUGUUACUUUAUUUUCAGCUCAAAUGACACUUUCUCAGAGAAGCCCUAUCCAAAGUAGUUACCUCUCUAUUCAUGGUUACUUUUUUUUCUUUGUGGGACCCUCACCGGUGGCCCGGAAACGAACCGGCACUUGCAGCCCAGCACUCAACUGCUGUGCCACCAGGGAAGGCCCUACAUUUUUUUUUUAAAUAGAAAAAUUCCUAUUUGAAAUGAACUUCUUUAUUUCUUAUUUAACUAUGUCAAUCUUUCCUACCCAAAACUAAGCUCCCCGAGGUCAGGCUAUUAGCAUAUAAAAUUAAUUCUGGCACAUAGUAGGUUUGCAAUACAUGUUGAAUGAUAGAUGGAAAGAUGUAUUGGCAGUUGGAGAACAGAGUCUUUUUCCACCAAGGCUGAUUAUUGUUCCUGCCUGAAUUGCGAAAAUAAAUAUUUUCUCAAUCAGUUAAUUAUGUUCACUUGUAUAGUCCCUUGUACCUAGGGCUGUGUCUCCUUGGCUGCAGCCAGUGAGACCUAGAAGAUUCAAUUCUGGGAAGCCAUUAGCUUUAAUGUUUGUGGGAAAAAAGUAUUUAGUGAGUACUUUAUUUAGGGCUGCACUGUCCAAUGAGGCGCCACUCCUGUUGCUAUUGCGUGCUUGAAAUGUAUCUACUCCAGAUUGAGAGAUGCUAUAAAUAUAAACACACAGCAAAUUAUGAAGACUUGGUAUGGGAAUAAAAAAGGUAAAAUAUCUAAUUUUUUAUACUGAUUUUGUGUUGAAAAGAUAAUGCUAUAGGUAUUGGAUUAGAAGAAAUACACUAUUUAAAACAAAUCACCUGUUUGUUUUUACUGCUUUUUAUGUGGCUAUUAAUUUAAAACAGCAUAUAUGUUGCUUGCAUUAUAUUUCUGUUGGACAGCAUCUUUUCUUUAGGUGCUAGAGUUACAUGUAUUAUACUUUGUGAUUAUUUGCAUUUUUUCUCAUAUACAAGUUUUUGAAUGCUGUACCUUACACUCCUCUUCUCUACCAGAAAGGUAGGCUUUGUUUUGUUUGUAGGCUCAUAGUUCUUGGGAACAAUAAUGGAUUUUGCUUAUGUUUAAUUUUUCCCCUUUUGGGAAUGGGAGUGAGCUGGGUGAGGUAUUUUGUGCUUCUUUGCUUGCUUUUGUUUUCCUGAAGAGGCAAAUGUAGGGAUAAUGUUAGCAUUAGAACUGAUGUUAGUUAGAACUGAUAAUUUGUCAACUACUGAGAUCAAUGGUGUGAUGUUGAAAGUACUGCUGACUCCUAGGUGACUGAGGAACCCAAGCACCCUGCAAAGCCAUUCUGGAGAUGGAGGAGCUAAGGCCAGUGCUGAAUCAGGAGAGUUGGAAGCCCAAUAUGUUGCUCAAUGGUGAGUGCUGAUCUUCGUAACAAAGGGCAUUUUUCCAGCAACUGAUGAAACCACCUAACCAAAAGUACAUCUAACACACACAUCUAACCCAAGGCUUGCAUGUGAAUUUGUUCUCUUAGUCUAUGUUAACGUCAUUCUUUAAAGAGAAAAAUUGUAAAGGACAAAGAUUGUGCUAAUUUCUUCAGCAAGAGGUUUUAUUUGUCUCAUAAUAAAAUUGUUGGUACUGUGACUGCCUUCACGAUAUCAAAGACCCAGAUUUCUUUUAUCUUUAUCCUCAGCCAUUUCUUUUAUCUUGGCAAAUGUUUGUUGCUUCAUGGUCAUAAAAACUGACUCACUUUCAUCUAGAAAGAAGUAGCAUUUUAGUGGGAUAAAUUCACUGACUAGCUAAGUCAGUGUCCUCCCUUUUUUGUUUUUGGACUUUUUAAUUGUGAAAUUUACAUGCCACAAAAUAACCAGUUUUAAGUGAACAAUUCGGUGGUAUUUAGUACAUUUAGUGCAUUCACAAUAUUGUACACCUACCCUCUCUAUCCAGUUAAAACAUUUUCAUCACCCCGAGAGAAAAUCCAAUACCCAUUAAGUAGGCCCUUUCCCAGACCUUGGCAGCCACCAGUUUUCUUUCUGUCUCCAGAAGAGAUAUUUUCAAAGUUUAUCCAU